CAAAGAGAGAGAGAGAGAGAAAGAGUGGUAAAGCGGAACUGCAGCUAUAACAAUUUUGCGAACAGACAGGAAGUGCUUUGGGUUAAAAUGGGUUCGCCACACGUCUGCUUUGCAGACGAACUGCAGCAGCAGGAGCACAACAACAAUGCACCGGGCAACAAUACCAAAAGAUGGCUACUGGAAUUGGAGCCCAGUGCUAGCCAUGGCGGUCACUCGCCUUGCAGCAGCAGCAUGAGCAUUUCACCAACUCCACGAUAUGAGCGCAACAUGGGCUUCUUUCAGCUACUAAGUCGCCGCUUUGGUCUCAGGUCAAACGAUGACCUAGUUCAGGAUGCAGCUGCACAGGAAGAGGAUGCGCACAGUUCAUCGACCGAUUCGUAUUCAUCAAUGGGGCGUGGACUAGCAGCAGCCACUACACGGCUAGAGCAGAUGUCCUGCGCAUCCAGUGAGACCAGCAGCACCAUAGACAUUGAGGAGCAGCAAUUGGAGCAGCAUCAGCAGCAGCAGCAGCAACAACGCAAACUGAGCCGCACGAGCUUCUCACGAUUGCAACGCCGGUCGACGUCCUCAUUGCGUCGAGCCUUCGAGAGUCUCUCGCUCACAUCACGCUCACUGUCGUGUAGCGGCCCCUCGCCACCACCCCCACCACCGCCACCCCCCGCUGCAGCAGCAUUGCCUCUGAAAUCGGCUCUGAAAUCGGCAUCGACCGUUGAGCUGCACCAUCAGCAACGUCAACACAGAUUGGCCUCCAAGUCUGCCAGCAGCUCAAGCGCCUGCUCCACCUCGUCCUCAUCCUCAUCGUCGACAGCGUCGAAGAGCAAAGUGAAGCCGCCACCCCAGCGCAUCCUGCGUCAGCCCGUCUCCUAUACAUAUCUGAAAGGUAUGUCUGGAUUGCCGACGCAGCGAGUUCCACGAAGCUCCGUUUGCUGUCAAUAUGCCAGGCGCUAGGCAGGACUUACGGUUUACAUUCAUAGUUAAUCAUUUACUUAACAGUUCACAGUAGACAAAUUAUAUACACAAAGUAGUUCCAAUUCUUAGUGCCAAAUUUCAU